GCUCACCCAGAGCUGAGUUUCUUUGGUUAGACUCCCAGUGCUCUGCCCAGAGCCGUGUGGAUGUUUCUGGUGAAGGAUCAAACCCCAGUCACGGCCCUUGGAAGCAGCUUUGGGCUGUUGCAGUGAUUAGGAGCCACCAUCCCCAUGGCAGAGGGGCCAUGGGAGGGGGCCAGGGCCCACCAGAUCCUGAGGGCAAGGAAUGUACCAGGAGAGCAAUUCUAGCCAGAUCCUGCCAGGAAUCACCCCCAGCGAUGAAGGACUUCACUGAAAUCAUGCUGUGCCCAGAAAGGCUGGAGCAGAGUAAGACAGAGUUUUGCAAUCCCAUCUUUGAGAGCGAGGGAGCUGACUGCGCACCCCCCACCCCACGCCAGACAGAGCAGGAGAACGGGACCAGCGCUGGAUCCCCCUGGGAUGGCCUUGCUCUCCCCGCACGCCAGCAGCUCUGGAGCAGGGUGGGCAGGAAACACAGGCCCGACUGCACCUUUUCCUGGCUGUGCGUAGCCCUGAUGAGCUCCUUGCUCUUGCUGCUCCUCGCCUUGCUGCUGGGGAUCAUCAUCUCCAAGCUGCAGUCCUCACGCCCGGCCGGACUCCCCUCUGUGACUGCAUCCACUCACCACCACGCCACCACCAUCACAGCACCUGCUGGUACAGCCGAGCCCAUGGCCACCGCGCCACCGAGAGCGCCACCCCCAGCCACUACACCAGAGCCCUCCUGUGGGGGGACCCUGCAGGGCCCCGAGGGCUCCCUCAGCUCCCCCAGGUACCCUGCCCCCUACCCACCCAACACCCUGUGCAUCUGGCGCAUCCAGGUGGAGGACGGGCUGGCCAUCCAACUGAAGAUUGAGUCGCUCAGCCUGGAAGGCACCAGGUGGUGCCUCUUCGACCGGGUGGAGCUGUACGAGGAGCUGGGGGCUGCUAGUGGCUCCCCUUGGGGAGGGACAUCCAGGUUUUGUGGCGACGUGGCCCCCCCGACAAUCAACACCAACUCCAACCAGCUGCGCGUCACCUUUGUCUCGGACAACAGUGUGGGUGCCCUGGGGUUCACCGCCCACUACCGUGCCAUCCUGCCCAGCGACAAGAGCUGUGCCUGGGACGAGUUUUUCUGCGACCAGGGGCUCUGCCUCGACCUGGGCCUUGUCUGUGACGGCUUCCACGACUGCACAGACAAGAGCGAUGAAGCCAACUGCAGCUCGAGACACAAAGAAUGCGGUGGGUCGUUGACCAACUUGGAGGGGCAGUUCUCCACCCCAAGCCACCCCCAGCCGUACCCGCAUCAGCAGCUGUGUAUCUGGCAGAUUGCCGUGCCCGUGGGCCAUGUGAUCGAUCUGCAAUUCCACAACUUCAGCCUGGAGUGGCAGGAGGACUGCACCUUCGACUUUGUGGAGGUGCACGACAGUGCAGGCACAGAUGCCCCCAGCCUUCUGGGCAGGUUCUGUGGCUCCCAGCUGCCGCCAGUCCUGACCUCCUCACGACAUGUCAUGACCAUCCUGUUCAUGGCAGAUGAAGGCGUGGCGGAGGACGGGUUUUUUGCCACCUACCAUGCCCGGAACGCCACGGAAAAAACGUGCAGCCCCUCAGAGUUCUCCUGCAGCAACGGGGAGUGCCAGGCAUGGGAGUCGGUGUGUGACGGCUGGCACGACUGCCCAGAUGGGGGCGAUGAAUUCAACUGCACAAGUGUCUCACCUCCCUCCUUUGAGUCCUCCUGCCAGCAGAUCCAAGUGGAGAUGUGCUUGGGCCUCAGCUACAACACCACCUCCUUCCCCAACAUCUGGCUGACCAUCCCAGACCAGCAGGGGGCAGCCACCAUGCUCCGAGACUACAAGGUGAGCCCAGCACAGGAGGCCGUGAGGGAGACUGCUCUGCCCAGCCAAUCAUUUGUCAGCUGGGGGAAAUGCACCCAUAAAUGGGGAAACCAGCCCCCCAAACAUCGGUGCCCCAGGCUUUGUGGUGCUCACUGCCUCCCUGUCUCCUCGCAGGUCCUGAUGGGGCUCCCCUGCUACCAGCACCUGCACCUGCUGAUAUGCAGCCUCUUCGUGCCCAAGUGCACACCGGACGGGGGCGUCCUGCAGCCCUGCCGCUCCGUGUGCCUGACGGCGGAGCAGCGCUGCCAGCAGGCUCUCAGCCUCCUCAGCAUCCUCUGGCCCAUCAACUGCAAUGUCCUCCCCGACUCCAAUGACCCUGUGGAGUGCUUCAAGCCGUGAGGGGGUGGUGGGGCCCAAUAAGCAGAGGGAUGGGACUGGCUUUCCCUGCAUGCUGGCCAGAAACAUAACCUGUCUGACUUUGGGUCGGGUGGGGACCCAAAUCCUUCUCAGAGCUAUACCCUCCCCUUCCUAUCCAUUACCCUUCGGGGGCCUGAGGGCACGGGAAGAGCCUGUGGGGCCCAGGAGCCCCAAAUAAAGGUGCUGGAGAAGAAACCAUCCACCCUGAGACUGGGAGAUUGC